AUCAUCAUUUGCUUGUUUUUUUCACCCCGGUACUGCAGGGUUUUGCGGGGUUCCAAAGAAACCGACUUCCCAUCGCUCCCCGCAACAAUUUCGCGUCCUGAUCGUAGGCACGCGACCAGAAAAUCCCCUUCAGCUGAUGGAAGGCUGAAGAUUACGACAAGGACUAGAUUCCUGCAGAUAUACAUCCAGCAGGAAUGCCGCAAGCUGCAAGAUGGGUGGGCUCACCCUCGAUCAAGGGCCGGACGGAGUCGAUGCGCAUGGCAUUGUUGACGUUCGGUCUGCUGGGAUUACAAUUUACCUGGGGCAUUGAAAUGACAUAUUGCACGCCGUACCUCCUUCAGUUGGGAUUGACAAAGUCGCGGACAUCUCUGGUGUGGAUUGCGGGGCCUCUUUCGGGCUUGAUAAUACAACCUCUCAUUGGAGUUAUCGCUGACCGGUCCCGGUCGAAAUGGGGACGACGUCGGCCGUUCAUGAUCGGGGGUUCGUUCGUUGUCACUCUGUGUUUGUUGGUGUUAGGAUGGACGACGGAGAUUGUCAAUUUUUUCGUCAAGGACUCCGAGAAGGUCCCAAAGGUCACGAUUGCUCUCGCGGUACUUAGUAUUUACGCUUUAGAUUUCGCAAUUAACGUUGUCCAAGCCUGCUCUCGCAGCUUGAUUGUCGAUACAUUACCAAUUCCUUCACAACAAGCUGGGUCAGCGUGGGCCACUAGGAUGUCGGCCAUUGGCCAGCUGAUCGGAUAUGUCAUUGGAUCCCUUGACACCGUCCGAAUCUUUGGGACUACGAUUGGCGAUACUCAGUUUAAGCAAAUGACCGUUAUUGCGGCCCUGUCUCUGCUCGCGGCGGUUGCUGUGACCUCAUAUUCCGUGACGGAAAGGGUUUUGAUCACAGCAAGGGAUUCCGACGGAAAAGUCGGUGCUAUUCAAGUGCUUUCGCAACUGGUCAAAACCACCAUGGACUUGCCUCCUCGUAUCCAAGCCAUUUGCUGGGCUCAAUUUUGGGCUUGGAUCGGAUGGUUUCCGUUCCUUUUCUAUAGCACGACCUGGGUUGGAGAAACCUACUUUCGGUAUGAAGUCCCUAAGGAUGCGACUCGACCUACGGACAUGCUCGGAGAGGUUGGCCGUGUUGGCAGCCUUUCUCUUGUGGUUUUUUCGUCCAUUACAUUUCUUAGCUCUGUCCUACUGCCCUUCUGCGUGCAACCGCCAGAUACAAAACGGCCCAGAUUUACUCCGCGGCCACCCCCUGGUGUAGCUGCUCUGCUUGGGAAAAUCACGCGGGUUCGUCCGGAUCUGCAACUGACUUGGCUGAUCUCCCAUGUUAUGUUCGCUGCGACCAUGAUAUUUGCCCCAUUGGCCCGGUCCCGAGCAUUUGCAACCUUUCUUGUCGCUCUUUGCGGGAUCCCAUGGGCUGUCAGCUGCUGGGCCCCUUUUGCAUUUAUGGGAGUAGAGAUCAACCGGUUGGCAUUGGGUCCAUCGCAGGCAUCCCGCUUGUCGGGGGUGACGAUGAUCACUUCUAGCAGUGCUCGAUCCGGUGCGUACAGCGACCGAAAUCAGGAUACCGAAAUGGACGUUCUGCGACUCAACCACCACGACCCUGACAGCGACAGCGAUACGGAAGAUGGGAUCUCGAAUCUCCCGUCAACAGGCGAACUGGCGGGGAUUUACCUAGGCGUGCUAAAUGUCUACACGACGCUCCCCCAGUUUGUGGGCACGUUCAUCAGUUGGAUCGUCUUCAGCAUUCUUGAACCUGGCAGCACCAAGCGCGACGACUCGGUCCCGGACUCUCAAUGGAUGGAUCUGGAUAAGAGCACGCCCAACGCUAUCUCCAUCUGUCUUUUUAUCGGGGCUUUGAGCGCGCUCAUUGCGGUCGAAGCUACCCGACGCCUGCGCUACGUUUUAUAAUCUUCUUUGUACCUUGACCUGAAUUCUUUAGAUGUUUCUGACCGGAAAGAUCUGGUCCUCCUUGUAUAAUUGAUACCCCGGAGAUGUUAUUGCAUGUUGAAGACGAACUAUA